AUGUACUACAACACCACGGCUCUGAUGAAACACACCAAACACACGAAACACACUGUUGCGACGGGCAACCACAGCCCGAGAGCCACGGGAGGGUCUACGCCGAGGCCGAAUCCUGCACCCAGCUUGCCCGAUUCAGGGCCCAAUUGCCAAAUUGCCAAACUGCCAGUUUGUCCAGAUGAGACUCAGAGUCGGCAAAGACAUUCAACAACAGUUCCUGCUCGAAGAUGCUGUCCGCGCCCGCUUGCUGCGUCCCCCACGUCUCCCACUGUCGACAAAGUUAAGGGUCCCCCGCCCUCUUGGCCCAACAUUGCUCUCUCUCUCCGUCUCCGUCUCCGUCUCCGUCUCCAUCUCCGUCUCUGUCUCUGUCUGUUCGCCCGCUCAACCAUGGAUCAGGCGUCAUCCAUCCCCCGCCCGUCUGGCAUUCCCAGACCAGCAUCGUCUCGUCUCCCAGUGCUCAGACCGUCAGGCAGCCAGUCGCAACUCCGUACGCCAGCCUCGACCGAUAGGCUUCGUGCCGCAGCCUCCACCGAACAGCUGCGCAAGAAGCCCUCCAUCUCGUCCAUAAGCCGGCCCCCUCCGCCAGCAACGACACUGCAAAAGAAGCCAUCGAGAGCCUCCCUGGUGCGCUCCAACACUCCAUCGACCUCUGCGCCCACCAAUCCCUCCUCCAACAGGGCGUCCAUCAUAUCCUCACGGCGAACGAGUGGGAUCCCCAGCUUUGGCCAGCCACGAACGACUACCCCAAGCUCGACUCCAGCAAACGAAGCUCCGGCCUUUAGGCGACCCUAUGUCCGUCCCUCGUCGCGUCAAUCCAAGGCGCCUUCCCUGUCGACGCGUUCGUCGAGUAUCACCAGGGAGGACGAUACAUUGGGAAAUCUGAAUGGCUUUAGAUCAGCCUCACGAGCAUCUUCAAGAGCAGAUUCAAGGACUGGCUUCCGGGACAACGAGCCAGAUUCGGCAUCCGAAGACGUGUUGGAGCAGUCGCCGGAGCUGCAAACAUCGCCAAAGAAGAAGUCACGGCCGUCGCUUUCGGAAAGAACGGUAGAGAGCCUGUCGCAGCUUCCCUCGUCUCCAGCAGCAAGCAAGACACGGCGAAGAUCCAGCUUCUUCGGUGCAGACAAUUCCAUGGGUCCGCCUCUGCGGCCUGCCUCAGCCCUGUCAAGCAACGGCAGCAGGCCAACGACCAGCGACGGCCCACCGCAACCUAUACCAGGCACCCCAAAGCGAUUCGCAGCUGCAUCGAGUAGGAUGUCUAUGACUGCGCCUGGCAAGCGAACAGUCAGCGCAAGUGUGGCUACACCCACAGCGACGCCUAGCAGGACACCUAUGAUAUCACGCCCAGCAUCAACCAUCAAAAAGCCGCUUUCUCUUAUCCAAAAUGGGCAGAAUACACCAAAACCACGGCCGUUAUCAGAAAGCAAAAGUCUCACUUUGCGGAUGCCAAAGGCGAGACCCUCGCUGAGUGGUGUUUUUGGUCAAGCCGUCUCAUCUCCGGGCACCUCGGGAGCUGCUCCCGCAACGCCUUCUCUGAAAACAAAUUCGCAGCCCAAGCAGACGCCAGAUACCAGCAGAAGAGUAUCGACGUCUUCCUCAACUCUGCGUAAUCAUAUAGCGAAAGCCAAAGCUGCACAAAUGCCAGAUCUCGAAACAGUCGCGCAGUCCCCUCCAAAGAAUACAAAAUCUUCGAAUGCGUUGCGAGAACAGAUUGCAAAGGCAAGAGAGGCCGCACGACGGGGAAAGGCAGAACCGCCCCGGACAAGCACACCGCCUAGAGACGCUAUAGUACCUGACCCCGCUGAAAUCGCCAGUUUCGACUUUGGGCUCGACGACCCCUUUAAUCGGGCCAGCAAGGGUGGCAAGUCUGUAAUGCGCAAGCGGAUCGAUGGUGCUCGAGCAGACGGACGCCUGAAUCUUGCAGCGAUGGGUCUAAAAGCAGUUCCUGACGACGUGCUCAGCAUGUACAAAUAUAACCCAAACGAUACAACCGUGACAUGGGGCGAAGUUGUUGACCUUGGUGUGAUGAUUCUAGCAGAUAACGAAUUGGAGACCUUGCCAGAUGCCAUGUUUCCCGAUGUUGAUGCUGAAGAAAUGAUUGAUUCAGAUGAAGCAGGACCUCAAUUUGGUGGGCUUCAUACCAUGGAUCUGCAUGGCAAUGUGCUACGAGAGCUACCAGCUGGCAUGGGAAGACUUUCGUUACUUUCCAAGCUGAACUUGUCCAGAAACAAGUUGCGUAACGACGUUUUUGAUAUCGUAUCUCGAAUACACGGCAUCCGUGAACUCAAGCUGGCCGAAAAUGACUUGCAAGGUGACUUGCCAGCAUCAAUUUGUCGUCUGUUAGAGCUGGAAGUCCUCGACGUUCAGUCCAACAAGAUUACGGAUAUACCUGGUGAAAUGGGUCAUCUGACACAUCUACGAACUAUAAAUAUCAGCGACAACCAGCUGAAGGCUAUACCAAUGGAGUUAUUCGAGUCACCUUCGCUCAUCGAGCUACAGGCUUCUAAGAACCGACUUGAAGGCACGCUUUUCGACAUUGCCGCAAUACCACAUUUACAAGAGCUAAAUGUAGCCAAUAACUCGAUCCGAUCGCUAUGUGAAGGCGAGUCUAUCGAACUACCUGCUAUCAAGAGUCUGAUCUUGUCAACGAAUCGUUUGACGUCGCUACCCAAAGUCUCGGCCUGGACGAAUCUUACCACGCUCCUUGUGGGUGAGAACAAGCUCGCAAAAUUGCCAGAGGGAUUUGUUGACCUGGAGCAACUCCGCACCGCCGAUUUUACGGCCAACGACAUCACUCAGCUGGACGAGAGGGUAGCACUUAUGAGUAACCUGAUGAACCUCACGCUGGCAGCUAAUCCGCUACAUGUGAAGAAGUUCCUUACCAUGAAUACUGAGGACAUCAAGCGAGACUUAGCAUCACGACUGCAACCUGCGGAUGCGGUUCUAGAGGAAGACGAGCAUCUCGGUUUUUCCAACGGAAUAGAAGAAGAGGCUGCUGUGUCUAAAUGGCAGCCUACACCCUCUGGUACACUCGAUCUGUCAGGUCAGGCCUUGUCUGAGAUUUCAGCAGAAACUGACUUGGCACCAUUUGUCGACGACAUCCGUCAGCUCUAUCUCCACCAAAACACGUUUACAAACAUUCCAACAACCCUCUCCCUCAUUACACACCUCACUGUCCUCGACCUGUCGAAGAACGCCCUUGAAAACGCCCUUACCAUCCCACUCUCCCUUCUCAAACUCCGCGAUCUCCGCCUUGCAUCCAACAAAAUCGCCACUCUCGAUUUCCUGACGACCCACCUCACAGCUCCCCUCCUCCAAACUCUCGAUGUAUCGCAUAAUCGGCUCUCUGGUGCCCUCCCCACUCUCACAAACACCUAUCCGGACCUGACGACACUUCUCGCAUCCGACAACAGCAUCGGCGAUAUUAGCGCCGACGCUCUCAAAGGCCUCAAAAUCGUAAACCUCAGCAACAACGAUAUUGAGCGUCUGGAGCCCCGCAUCGGUCUGCUACAAGGCACACUGACUAGCCUGGAUGUCGCAGGGAAUAAGUUCAGAGUGCCGAACUGGCAAGUCCUAGGUAAAGGAACCGACGCAGUGCUUACGUGGCUAAGGGAUAAGAUUCCCAGAGAGAGCUGGAAGAGCAGUGAUACCGAGUUCUUUGACGCUGAUGAUACUUUUUAG